CUCUCUUGUGCCCUCUGCCUCGCAGACCGCCCCCGAGCCCUCGCCGGGGCGCCCGGCGCCAUCAUGGACAUCAACAUGACCCGCCCGGACAACACCACCAUCCUGAUGCUGAAGAACCCGGCCAUCGCGGUGGCGCUGCCCGUGGUGUACUCGCUGGUGGCGCUGGUGAGCAUCCCGGGCAACCUGUUCUCGCUGUGGGUGCUGUGCUGCCACAUCGGGCCGCGGUCGCCCUCCAUCAUCUUCAUGAUCAACCUGAGCGUCACGGACCUCAUGCUGGCGGCCGCCCUGCCCUUCCAGAUCGCCUACCACUGCAACGGCCACCACUGGGUGUUCGGCCCGCGCCUGUGCACCGUCGUCACGCUGGUCUUCUACUCCAACAUGUACUCGUCCAUCCUCACCAUGACCUGCAUCAGCGUGGACCGCUUCCUGGGCGUGGUCUACCCGCUGGCCUCCGCGCCCUGGCGGCGCCGGCGCUACGCCGUGCUCACCUGCCUGGGCAUGUGGGCGCUGCUGCUGGGCGCGCUGUCCCCGCUGGCGCGCACCGACCUCACCUACGCCGUGGAGGAGCUGGGCAUCGUCACCUGCUUCGACGUCCUCAAGUCCACCAUGCUGCCCAGCGUGGCCAUGUGGGCCAUCUUCCUCUUCACGCUGUUCAUCGUCCUCUUCCUCGUGCCCUUCCUGGUCACCGUGGCGUGCUACACGGCCACCAUCCUGAAGCUGCUGCGCACGCCCGACCCCCAGGGCCAGGCGCAGCGGCGGCGCGCCGUGGGGCUGGCGGCCGUGGUGCUGCUGGCCUUCGUCACCUGCUUCGCGCCCAACAACUUCGUGCUGCUGGCGCACAUGGUGGGCCGCCUGUUCCUGGGCACCAGCUACUACCACGUCUACAAGCUCACGCUGUGCCUCAGCUGCCUCAACAACUGCCUGGACCCCUUCGUCUACUACUUCGCCUCCAAGGAGUUCCAGCUGCGCCUGCGCGGCUACCUGCGCUCCGGCCCGCCGCCGCCCUGCCCCGCCGACGCGCGCCGCGACAGCCUCUUCUCCGCCCGGACGCUGUCCACGGGCGCCGCCGACGGGCCCGACGCCGCCGCCCGGCCCUUCCUGCAGCGACAGGAGAGCGUGUUCUGAGCCGCGCAACCGGGGGUGGCGCGGCGGGGAGGCCCGCGUCUUGCUUCCUGGGGCUGCUGCCUCCAUCGCGAAGGCACG